AUGGGAGAUACGAAACAACCAUCAAAGAGGGUGCCCUUCACCCACCUCGAACAAAUCGACUCUGACUUAACCAUGGCUAUGGCAUUGCAGGAACAAGAAAUAGCUUCUUCAAUGAUCGAGAGUGAUGAUAACAAAGAGUACGAUACCGAGGCAUCCUACAAAGAAAGCAACGUUAACGAUUACGAGUAUUUUGAAGGCCUUGAAGUCGGAGAUUACCUAGAGUUUGAAGAUAUGGAGGAGGACGAUGAUUUUGAAGAAGAAGAUGAUGAGAUAUAUCCAGACGAUUUAUCAUACGAGGAGUUGAUUUCAAUGGGGGAGAUUAUAGGAGUGGAGAAGAGAGGGUUAUCUCCGGAUGAAAUUUUACCGUGCUUGAUUCGAUGCAAGUUUCGAUACGUCGAGUGCAAAACUGAAGUCGAUCGGUGCGUGAUUUGUCAAACUGAUUAUGAAGAAGAUGAAGAUGUUGUGGCUCUUCGGAAUUGUGACUAUCCAUAUCAUUCGGAUUGUAUAUCCAAAUGGCUUCGUAAGAAGAUUUGCCCCAUUUGUACCACUGAAAUCUCAUCCUCCAAGAAUUAAGGUU